AUGCAUAACACCUUCUCAUUUUCACAUUUCAAGGCAAGUCAAUUUGUUGAAAUAAGACGUGAAGAGGAGGAAAAUAUUAAGUUAAGUGAAAUUAUAAAAGUGGUAAAAAAUUCCGAUAGUCAAGAUAAUUAUUUAUACUUAAUAAAAAGCUCGACUUAUGAUUGGAAAUUUUUAAAUCGUUUGCGUAAAUUAGAAUUUGGACGAACCAUGACAUUUGAUGGAAAUAAGAAAGCAGAUGAGAGAGCAUUUAUAAUGAAAGAUUGUGAAAUGACUACAAUUGGUGCUGUCGGAUGUGUAGAAGGAAAAAUUGAAUUUAAUUCAGUUGAAGAUCGGGUUAUGAAAACAAACCUAUUUUUUAGUUGCGAUAUAUAUUUACAGAAUUUUGUUAAGUUUGGGAUAUUAGGAGAAAAGUCUAAAGAUGAAAAAGCAAAAUUUGAAGAAAAAAUUUCCUAUAAUUUUACAGAGUUUGGUAAGGUAUCAUUAGAAUUUGGUAAUUAUUUAGAGCCAACUUCAGAGUUUAUUAAAGAGGUGGAAAAUGCCAUAAAUCUUAAAGAUCCUAAAAAAUUUAAGAAAAUUACGGAGAAAUUUGGUCAAUACAUUCCAACUAAAGUGAUUUUGGGUGGAAGAGCUUAUUAUAGAGAGUUAGAAAUGUUGGAGGAAUAUUCCAAAGAAAAUGGUUAUGUAAGUACUAUAAAUACAAGUGGGAUCGCUUCCAAAAGUUCUAACGGCAAAUCUAAUUCCUAUAAAACUAGAUGUUCAAAAUUGAUUGGAGGAGCACAACCUGCUAGUCUUAAAAAAUUUGAUGAAUAUGCUUGGAUUCAAUCUUUAAAAGAUUAUAGAAAUUGGGAUUGCAUAGAAUUUCAAAAACCAAUUGGAAUUUUCCAGCUUUUACCUGAUCAUUUACGUAAACAAGUAAUUUCAUCUUUAGGAAAAAGGAUUCUUUAUUCAAAUAUUAAACCUUACGAGUAUUCUCUAGCAGCAUAUAGAAGAUGGCCACAAGUCAUUAAUUUAGAUAUACCGUCACAUAUUUCAGAAAUUAUUCAAAUCAAGGAUAAUGAUUGUAGCAUCUUUGCAACAGUUAUUGAUACAGAAAAGCCUCCAAUAAUCUCUUUUAAAGGAACGAAUUGUUUUAGCUGUCAGGUCCUUUGUAUGCCAGAUGCAGAUCCAAAACUUAUAAUUCAUUGUAUUCAAAAAGAAAUUGGAGUUCGUGAUUGCAAAUUAAAAAUCGGAUGGAUGGUUAUUGGUUAUUAUAAAGAUUUAAACUUUAUUACAGAUUUUGAUGUUCAAUUAAAAAUUACCAAAAUAGAUUUUAAUGCAACAUCCAACUCACAAUCUAUGUUUGAUAAAGAAUAUUUAGAUUUUGAACAUAAUUCAUUAAUAAAUAAAAUUCCUUGUAUUGGAAUUCCUGUACUAGAAAAAUUGGAUUCUUCGAAUAUGUCUCUCGUCAUUGGACAUCAUUUUUUUGAUGAUCAAGAAAAAAAUAGAAUUGGAUCAUACACAUUUUCUUAUUGUUUGGAGAAAAAUCAUUACGUUAAUUUACCUAAAUUUAAAUUUUAUACUCUUUCAAUUAAAAAUUAUCACCCUAAUACUUACGGUACACUGUAUUUUAAUCAAAAUUCAUAUAUCGAACUUAAUAAUCUUUUAAAACCAAAAUAUAUUAGUUUAUAUUCCACGAACGAGAAAAAUUGUGGUCCAAUUUUUUUAAGACAAAAAUUUAAUCUAAUUAAAAUGAAAAAUAUUGAUUGUAAGCAUAAGAGCAAUGAUUGUCUUAUUUGUACGUUAAAAAUUUCAAAGAAACAAAUUGAAUGUAAUUUCUUUGAUCCGCACAAAAGUGAUGAGGUUAAGAAUUAA